GCUGCAGCUUCUCACGCGAUUUACACACACACAAAUCCCCCUCUCCACCGAGCGGAGCUGUAGCUGCCCUGGGACCCUUUCUCAGGGGGACGCCGCCAACUUGUCCCCUCCGGAAAGCCCGGGGGUGGGAAGAGGGGAUGAAGCUGGUCUUCUCUCUGCCUCUUGCGAGUCUCCAGGGUUCAUCCAGACGCUCGGGAGGACGAUUUAAUGACCCGCUCCGCCCCUGCUUCCCCCCGCCCAGGCAGCUCCGGGAGGCUCUGGGUCACACGAGCGGGGAAUGAGCCGCUGCAGCGGCGGCGGCAGCAGCAGGAGGAGGGAAGGAGGGAGGGCACGAAGGAGGGAGGGCACGAAGGAGGGAGAAAGGAAAGCGGGCAGGUGACACCGCGCUGGGUUGCUCCGGCUCUGCGGGCGCGGGGCGGACGGCAGGAGCUCGGUGGCCAUGCACGUCAAUGGGAAGGUGGCUCUGGUCACCGGCGGGGCGCAGGGCAUCGGCCGGGCUUUCGUCCAGGCGCUGCUGGGCAAGGGCGCCAAGGUAGCCCUGCUGGACCGCAACUCCGAGGCCGGGCAGGAGAGCAAGGCGGCCCUGGACGAGCAGUUUGAAGCGCAGAGGACGCUGUUCAUCCAGUGCGAUGUGACGGAGCAGGAGCAGCUGGCAGGUGCUUUCAAAAAAGUGAUUGAACAUUUUGGAAGGUUGGAUAUUGUGGUUAAUAAUGCUGGAGUGAACAAUGAGAAGGACUGGGAAGGCACUAUACAAACUAACUUGACAUCUGUGAUCAGAGGAACCUACCUUGGUCUAGAAUACAUGAGAAAAGAGAAUGGAGGCGAUGGAGGAGUAAUCAUUAAUAUCUCAUCCUUGGCAGGAAUAUUUUGAACUGGUUUUCAUCAUAGCAACAGAAGGAAUAUCAAAUGACCACAAAUUUCAUUUGCUUUUAUAAACACAAUUCAAUAGCAAAAAAUCAGAAAUUUUCCUAAUCAAUCCAUUUUGUAUUUAAAAUCUUGAGCCUGAUGUAAAUUCCUCCAUUCAGCUCCAGAGGAGUACAUAUGUAGGAAUAUUUAAGAUUAGACUAUACCUGUUUUAUUAACAAAGAUUGUCACACACCCACUCUGUGUUCCAAGUCCUUUCAGAUGUGAUCUACCUGCACUUGAGAAGUCAUAAAAUUAACGCUCAUAUUUCACCAAGCUUAAUCAAGCACUUUUUUCUCUCACUAGUUAUCUAUGCUAUUACUGUAUUUCAAUUUAUUUGUAUAAAAAUAGAAUUAUAUGAAUCCUACAUCAGCUGGGGGUAGUGCUGCCCUGUUGUGAGGCAGCAUUCUGCACUGUUUCUGUAGAUAUAUUCAAUGUUUCAGUGACUGGGCUCCCAGGAAAAAAAACACAGCUGAAGGGGAAAUUGUACAUGGAGAAUGAAGUCACCUGACAACCUUUCUCAAGAAUUUUGUGGUGAACUACUUGCAUUCUCUCUUUUUUAUUUGGAGAGGUUCUUUCUUUCUUUCUUUCUACUGUCAGACAGUCUGUGAGAAAUAGUACAUAUGCUACCUGAUACUCGGAUUGUCAGAGGGGUUUUUUUCUGUGUCUGUGCAGAUUACCAAAUUCUAGUCAUUUCAUUCCAGGAUAUUCCUAUGUGUUUUAACAAUGAAAAGCCAAUUAAGGUAGCACCAGCUAUAGAUAACUGCUUGUGCAUAAGUGUGGAUGUUCCGAGUAGUUUGAAGUUCUCCUAUAGACCUUAGCUUCUGUGAUAAAAAGUCCAGUUGACCCUACUGACAUAAUGCAUACAAAUCUUGAGGAUAUGACUUAAUACAGUCACAUGUGUCCAAAGGGCGAGGGGGUCUUACUAAAAGACUCCAUGUCUCUUUAAAUCUGCAUUUGCCAUACUGCCUGGCACAAUGCCUACUGACACCAGUAAGUUUAUCUCUAUAGGCUGAAAUGGACAUUGUAUUGGGUCCAAAUUAACCUGAAGGAAGCUGCUGUUGCAGUGCUAGGGGUCAUCAACACAAGUAAAAGAUUAAACAGUUUCACAGAAACACCGAUGCCCAAGGCAGUACAUAAGAAAGGGUGGGGUAGCAAGUGGUUUGGUUCUUUUUCUAACAGGUCUCAAAUGGACACAAAAUGAUUUUGUUUUCAAGACCUAAAAGCUUGGCUGUUCUGUUUGUUAAGACAAACAACAGUUUCUUUGCUUUGUUUGGUUUCACAUGGCUUUGUUUAACAAUUGUUCCCAAGGUCAUAAGGAAAAACAUACUUCAAAAGACAACAUAUACUAGUUUUUAUUGCUUAUUUAUUUACUACUGUUUGUGCUUAGUUACUGUAAUUCUUCUUUCCAGUCUGAAGGUCUAUGUCCUGCAGUUUAUUCCAUAUAUGAAAGACAAACUCCCAGUGGCUUCCUUAACAUCCCCUUCAAGUGUUUUGUUAGAGCUAGCUUCUGUUGAUCAUUAAACUUCUGAGUGGUUUUGAUUCCCACUGUCCAAGUUCUCUGUAAGAUACAGACAGCAAAUCUUCCUAUGUCAUUCUGAGCAAGAAGAAGGGUUGCACAUAGUGCUUAUGUGAAAUUCAAUAGUAUUUCCUUUGCACAUUAAUUAGCCACCAGUACAUCAUGGUGGGAAUUUGGCCAGUGGGACAGGGACAGAAUCAAGCCUUUACAGUAUCACAUUUCCAAACACCCAUGGUACUACCAAAAUUAUUUCUGUGAAGUGUAUGCUUAAAAAUGUUAAUUCAGCUGGAUCAAAGCCAGAGCUUGUGUAUCCAGUGGUGAGUCUUCCUUUCCUUAAUCUUGACCCCAGACAGGACUUAAAAAAGGAAGAGAAAUCAGUGAGCACAUGCAGCAAGCACUCAACUAUGUCUCAAAGCUACAAAAUUUAAUUUGAUUUGAUUUGUGCAUUCAUAUCAAGAAGAAGUAAUUCUGCUAAACUGAGAUAAUGAGAAAUGUGUUUUACUUCAAAUUUGGCUCCAUAAAAAACAAUUUCAAUGUUUACAGAUUUUUGCAUUGGAAUAGACUUAAUUUUCAAAUUCAAGUAAUAGAAUGUUCUAAAAUUUCUUCUGUAGUAAGCCACACAUGGUACAUUUUAUUACAUUUAAUAGAAUAGAAGCAUCAGAGAAAGCAUAAAAAACUAAAUUUAACUCAAGAGGCUGUUUAAAUUAUCAAACUUGGUCUUUUACCUUGUGGUGGCUGGUAUUUGCACCCUUUUUGCAAAGACUAAAAGGGCAAAAGGAAUUCAAGUAUAGGCACACACUUUUGUUUUGAUGGCUUUCAUAUUUUUAAGAAGGUUUUCUGUGAAACUGAAUUUGUAUCUGUAUUUUAGCAGACAAAAAAAAAAUCUAAGUAUUCACAGAAGGCUUAAAAAAUGUUAGAAUUUUUUACCAUGGUAUCAUGCUACUUUUUUGAGAGGCUGUUCUAUGUGUACUAAAUCUGGAUACCUUCAUGCUGCACAACCAUAUCGGUUUGAUUGCACUCAACUUCAAGCAUUCAGAUUCUGCAAACCGCUGGCUUGGCUUCCCUUUACUUAAAGCUUCAGCCGCAAGAAAUGCUUAAAGUACCUGUCACAGCAAACAGGCUUUUUUAUGACCAGAUGCUAUAUGUAUUACAAGAACAAAGCUGUGGUUGCAUCACCAAGCAAGGACUCUAUCACAGUGAUACAGAGGAGCAGAGGUGUCAGUGGUUGUACAGCUGGACCUUCAGUUCAGCAUCAUGACAGAGCAUUGGUCCCUCCCCUUUGUGAAAAGGAAAAUGCUCAGCAGAAUCUGCCAGAACGAGGUUAAAAAAUUAGAUGCUAUUCCCUUCAGACUUCACUAUAAAAAUUAAAAAAAAAAAAUCAUAGAAAUGGCACAGCUUAGAAUUUUUGCUAGGAUUGCUGCAAAAAGCACUCAGAAAGACUACAAUGAUGUCAUGAGGGUAUGCAGAGAGAAAAUCUGAAAGACCAAAGUCCAGUGUAAAAAAGGCAAAUAAAUCCAUUCAAAGAAAGGAACUUACUCAAAUCUCUGAGGGCAGCUUGUUCAGUGGGAGACUGCAACUGGGGAAAAAUGCUUAAUUCUGUUUUUAUCAAAGUUCUUUUUUUUCAUCAAAGUGGAAUGAAAGGAAAUACUGGUUUCAGCAAAGCCUAUUGAUACAAUUUUGAUAGAAUUCUCCACCUCCAGUACUAAUUUCUCAAGAUGUGGUUAUUGAACCUAUUGUCCAUGAUAAAUAAGGAGUUGUAGUGAGACACCUGACACCAUAUCUUCAGUGGUAGAGUGAUCUUGACACCAAAAAGGAGAGUGGAGUAUAAGCAAGGGCAAGAACUGUCUCUCUCUGCCUGCCAGGAACUGAGAAAAAUAAAACAGCAGUUAACACUGCAGCACAGGAUUAUUGUUGGUCUUCUUGAACCCAUUUUGGUAAACCAAAGAGCAUCUUGAGUCAUCACGAAGUCAUUUGCAAUUCACCAUGUAGCAACAUCUAUAGAGAGAAAAAUCUAGCCAUAGCAGCGCCUCCCCCUGCCCCGACUAAGAGAGAUUAAAACCCAAAUGUAUCACUUUCCAGAAGUACACUGCCCCAUCACCAUCCAUUUGAACACCCUCCUCUUCUUCCUCUCAUUAUUUUGUGCAUAAUGGUCUCUAGUCUGCUUCCCUGCCAUUCUGCUUUGCAUAAGGUAAUUAAAUAUUUAUGGCAGCAGCAAAUAGAAUCCAGAUUUUCUAACAAAUGAACACACUAACUAAUAUGUUAUGAACUCAUUUCUGCUCACUGGUUGAAUAAAUAUGCAGGCAGAGCAGACUCAAUAUGACACAGUGGUUCAUCAGCAAAUACGUGCUAGGAGAGUCCCUGGGACACACCAACAGCAGAGGUCCAGCUCUUCCCAGGGCAGGGAUGUGGCUCAGAGCCAGAAAGGCCAUAUUGUGGUUCUGAGCACUGAGCUCAGGAACAAAAGUGAGACAGGACUGUUAUUGUUUUAUGUGAGGAAUGCUAGGACUAGUCUUAGAUGCUUUAUCCAAGUGAGAUGAUUUUUUCUUGGUCUUUCACUUCAGCAAAAAUAAUUUCAAUUAGAAAAGAACUGGUUUUCAAAAAAAAAGCUACUUGUUCCUCUCUCCCUGCCUAGUUAUUUCUGCUGUCUUUGGCGUUAUAGUAAGUCUUUGAACCUUAUUCCACUUCAUUAUUGUGAGCUGUGCCCUUCCUUUGUUUAUUUCUUGACUUUGUUUCUCUUCCCUCUCAAGUAAAAGGUAAUUUUUCUUACUGUGGUUAAAAAAUAAAAAUAAAAUUACUUCUAAAUUCUUCUUCUGUGUUUCCCAGUAGAUGUCUGUUUUAUUUCUGCUAGGUGCAACCUGAUUAGAAUUUCCUUUAAGCACAUAAAAGUAUUUGAGAGUUUGUUGUGCUGUUUUUCUUUAAAUAGUAUUGUAUCUAAUGUGCCAAUAUUCCGAUGUUUCCAAUAAUUUGAAGAAUGGUGAUCAAAAGUCAACAAACAGAGGAAUAUUAAGCAUUUCUGUGAUCACAAUCCAGAGGAGUCAGUACAAAAACCAUUUCAUAAUGCUUCUUAAGCAGAAGCAUAACACAUCAAUCCAAGCUAAGCAAAUAAAUACAAUUUUAAAAGAACAGCCAGACAGUAGGUUAAGCUGGUCAUUUCCCAGUAUUGAACAGUGCUGCUUUCACAGGAUCAUCAAGGUAGCAUUUAAAUCAAGAUAAAACCUUGAAGCUGUCAGGUUGGUGAUUAGAGCUUUGUGCUGUCUUAGAGAGUUCUUUCCUUCAGACAAAAUAGAUUCCAGAGCAAAGAGCCAAUGCAAGUCUGGCAUAUAUCAUUUUUCUGGCAAAUCCAUACUUAGAGCUAAAUAGUGAAUUCUUCAUCUCCACUGGGGUAAGUCACUGCCCUUCUUGAAUGUAUCACCCUAAGAUCUGAAGUAUGAAAGAUAAAAGUAUAUGAGUUAUUAAUUUGGAUUACUUCCAUUAUAAUCAAGCAUUAAGGCAUUAAAAUUAAUAUCCAGUUUUACAAUAUUCACAUUCAGGAAAAUAUUUUAUCCCCUAGCUUUCAGACAGGCUGAAGUCUGCUAUUCAUAAGGGCCUGAAUUUCAGGUGGAACUGCAGCAUCUCUUUGGUCCAGUUCAGAUUUUGUUGUAUAAAUUGUUGGCAUAAUUGGGAGAAAUGAAUAUGCAUUCAUGGUCUGUCAUUUCUUCUUGACUAGCUUUUUGCCACCAACCAGAAUUAACUUUUUAGUUUUCUUCCAAAACCUCCAUUCUCUCUUCUUUCUCUCCUAUAAAUAAAAAUUUUGUUCUUUCCCACUCAGACCAUAAAGGUCUACUGUGUUAGCAGAAAAUUUUUAUUUUGCUUCUCCUAUUCUCACACUUCCUCCCUGAACACACUGUAAAUGAUUGCAGAUGUCCAGUUCCCACAU